AUGACGCAGUGUUUUGCGUCGGUCCCACGUCGUUGGCUGGUGCCUCCCAGAGGUAAACAAUCAUGGCGGACGCCGUGCAACUUGUCUAUUUUGCUAUCAGCAACAUCCCGUCUGCCUUUCGCUCAGCCGACCUCAGAAACUACUUCAGCCAGUUCAUUGAGAGCGGCGGCUUCCACUGUUUUCACUACCGCCAUCGGCCGGAGGUCCUCAGAGAGCCGGAGGGCAGCAAGGAGGCCGAGGUUGCCGACAGAGAGAGCUGAAAACAACACCGCUGGAUGUCGGUAACAGCGCGGAGGGCAGCCCCGGCUCCCCACACCACCAAACACCGUUCCUCCUCGAAACAAGCCGUGAAAUCAUGCUGCUGUGUGGUGGCGGUCCACGCUAAGGAAGCCGACAGGUUCAUCAAGAUGUACGGAGGAAACCAGUGGGAUCGACUCGGAGGGGAGCUGCUGGCGAGGCGGUGUGUGAUCAGGAGGGUCAGAGUUUCUGAUGAUGCAGGUGAGGACGUAUUACCCUAUAGGACAAAGUCUGAGCAGCGCGCCAUGUGCCCUUAACAGAGCGUUUCACAGAGGGACUGACCUCAAACGCUUACCAGAGCUAAUCCACCUGCCCUGAUGCAGAAUGGAAAAUGUGGUACACCAGUGAUGUUCCUUCAGCUCAUCCAGUCGUGCCGCCUGCCUCCACGCCUCAUACGCAAGCUGGGCCUCACUUUCCCCAAGACCAGCUCCAGCCGCCGCUACGGCAACGUGCCUUUCCAGUACCAUGAUACUUGCACGGUGGCAGCCACUGAGGAAAAUGUCUUCACAGCUGCAGGACAUGAAAUAUCAGGACCAGGUGCUGUGGCUGCUUCAGCCUCAGGACCCAGGCGGCUAGCUGAGCUCCCAGAAACGACAGAGACUGAUGACCCAGAGGAGGAAGAGGAGGAUGCGCAGUCAAAUGCAGAUGAUGAUGAUGACUGCUGUGAGGAGUGGGAGCGCCACGAAGCUUUGCAUGAUGAUGUGACAAGCCAGGAGCGUAGCAAGGAGAGGCUCUACGAAGAGGAGAUUGAGCUGAAAUGGGAAAAGGGAGGCUCAGGCCUGGUGUUCUACACAGAUGCCCAGUACUGGCAGGAAGAAGAAGGAGACUUUGACGAACAAACAGCAGAUGACUGGGAUGUUGAUAUGAGCGUUUACUAUGAUAAAGACGGAGGGGACAUGGACGCCCGUGAUUAUGUCCGCAUGCGGUAUGAGAAGAGGCUGAGAGAGGGCCUUGAAGACAGGUCGGGACAGACUCAGACAAUAGGCAGCUUUGAGAAAUUCACUAAGGGUGUUGGGCGUGUGAUGGAGAAGCAGGGCUGGAAGGACGGCGAGGGGCUGGACAGUCAGGUUGGAAUCCCAGAAGCCCUUGAGAAUGAGGGACAGCAUCCCAAUUGCAAAAGAGGCUUUGGGUAUCACCGGAGAGAAGCUGACCUCCACCCUGUGAAAAGGACCAGAACAGAUUUUCAUAUAAGCACAGUGUAAUGACCAGCCUAAAGAAUAGAUGAGGGUGACACCUUACUGAGACGCCAACACACCAGCAUGAAGUACAGAGACUGGAAGCCAGGGGGCAGCAUUGGACCAAGAAGAUGACUUUUUAUAAACAUUUAAUUUAUGUAUGUUUCGGCUCUAUUAAAACAUUUUUUAAAGAAAAAAAAAAAGAUUCUCAC